CAUCGACUGCGCUGGUAUUCUGAAGCUGCGUAACGCCGACAUCGAGCUGAAGAAAGGAGAGAUGGAUAUUGGGAGGAAGAACACGAGGGUGCGGGUUGUGUUCAGGGUCGCCGUCCCUCAGCCCGACGGACGGAUGCUGUGGCUGCAGACGACCUCUAACCCUGUGGAGUGCUCCCAGCGCUCGGGCCAGGAUCUUCCUCAGGUGGAGAGCUUCAGUCCAGCCAGCAGUUCUGUGGAAGGAGGCGAAGAGCUGCUCAUCAGCGGGUCAAACAUCAGCACUCAGUCCAGGGUCGUCUUCAUGGAGAAAGGGCCUGAUGGAAGAUCACUGUGGGAGAUGGACGCCAGAGUUGUGUCAGAGAAAUGCAGCGGAUCCAGCAUUGUGGUCGAGGUUCCUCCUUACAAUAAGAAGACGACAGAUCCGGUCCAAGUCCAGUUCUGCGUCUCAAACGGGAAGAGGAGAAGAAGUCUAACGCAGAGCUUCACCUACCUGCCAGGAGUCAGACGGCACCUCCCUGCUGCAGGAGUCAAACAGGAGCGCUGGGAGACAGACCACAUCUCCCACAAUCCCCCUGGCUUCUCCCUGCUGCCCUCCCACGACCGAGUGCUCGGCACAGACUACUACUAUGACUCCUGCGGCAUCCCAGUGCAUUGUGGUCCUCCUUCACAGAGCGCGCCUCCUCUACAUCACCCCCCUCCCCCCUCUGUCCCCCUCCAGACCUCCCUAAUGUUUCCUCUCACCUCCUCCUCCUCCUCUGUCCCCCUUCAGACCCUGAUUCCUCUUCAGACCUUCACCCUCCCUCCCCAGACCUCCUCCAUCCCUCCUCAGAUCUCCUCCCUUUCUCCCCCGUCCUCCUCGGUGCCCCCUCACGCCUUCACCGUCCCCUCUCCCACCUCCUCCGGUGGCCCUCAGAGGGAGCACUCUCCCUCUCUGAGCCCCAGAGGAGCCUUUGUGGCCCCUGCUGACCCCCAGAAGGACUCCCUGCUCUCCGGCCCAGGAGACGCACCGAGCAACAAGCAGGAGCCGGAGGAGCAGCCGGGUCUGGGAUCUUUGGGCCUCCAGGAGAUCACGCUGGACGACGUGAAUGAAAUAAUCGACAGAGACAUCGGCGGUCUGAGCAGCAGAGUCCAGCCCGACCAGUUCGGCCAGUACGACUGGGAGCACAAGUCCAGUGACGCUGCCUUGCCGUUCUGCGGGGGCCCUCGGUAGUCGCUCCGCUUCCUCAGGAGGCGACUUCAGCACUUCUUCUUCUGGACAAAAUCAAACCGACGGUCACGUUUGCACAAAGUGCACCGCGAUGACCUUCAAGUGCCUGAAAGCCAAUCAGAAGCCUCGUCUCAUCAGGGUACCUCAUCCAUCACCGUUUCCGCGUCUGUCUCAGGAAUUUCGGUGCGACGGCGGCUCGCGCCUCAAACCAAAGAGGUUUUUAGCUUUUAACAACCGAACUGUAAAAUACAACAAAAGGGCUGAAAUCCAACUUUUAUAAAAAUCAGAUCAAUCAGUGAUGUCGUCGCAGAGGCUGAAACGAACCUGUCGUUAUUUAUUGGCUCCUUUAAUUAAGAAAUCUAUUUUUGAUACUCUGGAUCUGAUCCAGUAAAAAAAAGUCCUUCAGCUGAUCAUUUACAUUUUUAUAGCUUGGUUUCACUCUGUACGGUUUACAUUUCCUUCGCGAGUAACUUUAACGCUCAGCUGUGUUGGUGUGAAGCUUCAGACACUGAAUCAUAGAAAUGUAUCUUAAAGUUGAAGUAAAAAGAAGGUAAAUACUGA